AUGAAUUUCAUCCCUCCAGUCGAGUAUGUUCCGAAGGAGAGCAAGCCCGCCGCAUCAUCCAGCGCACCGAGACUGAGAAGGAAGAAAUCUCUAACGUCGCUCUGGCACCGUAACGACAUAGGGGAAGACGUACCGGCCGUUCCAGACAUUCCAAAAGCCUUCGCGGCGCCGAGCUUUGGCACCUACAAGCCCAUCACCAGUUCCCCGGGGAGCAAACUACCGCUACCGAGUCGAAGUACCGAGUGCAGACAUAUCGAUGAACCACCCGCCGGCUUUUCUGUGAACGAGACUCCAUCGCUAGGCUCGCCCGAGAAAAACAACCCCGCAGGUCCAGAAGGAUUGUGUGUCAGCGGUGUUAGUUUCAUGCAUCUUUCUGACAGUGACAGCGAGAGUGCGGUAUCAGAGAGACCAGCCUGGCUCGGUCGCAUCCGCCGCGCCAUCUCGAAGACAGACCUCCGCUCGCAAGGCGAGUCCUCGCCAUCAGCACCGACCAGCAGUCCAUCGCAAGCAUCAAUCAUCCCUAGUUCUCCAAGUAUAGACAGUCCUGGCGUUCAAGCACGUUUGCGCCGCCCUACCGACGCUGGAGGAACUACCGCGCAGCAGAGCUCCACCUACACUAACGGCUCAUCGCCCGCGCAUUCUGUGCGGUCCUCGAGUCCUUGGAAAGCGCCACCAUUUCCACGUGUCCGGCACGACUCGAGCUCGCAUGCUUUUCAAAACCCACCACUAGAUCCAGACUUCGCGUUCGACGACUUCAUAACGAGUGGCAAACCCCAGUCGACACCAUCGCCCGGCAUGGAGGCCCAGAGACGACCUAGCAAGAAUGCUCCUCCUGUGGAUCCGGCCCGGACUUGCAAAUACGACACCGUUUCUGUUCAGACUUCGAGAGAGUCUGUCGAAGGUUACUUAAGCUUCCUGUCACAACCGAGACCCCGCGGCCUACCAAUGCCUGACAUGAUUGAGGAAGAUGAAGGAGAAUGGACCAGAGCUGUCGAGUGGGUGCGCGGACAGGAAGCCGACCGAGUUCUUCGCGAAGCGGAGGCAGCUAAAGCGAACGAGAAGAUUUUGAGAACGGAAGAAGCCCUGCGGGCUCAACAGGAAGCAGACUGGCAGAUGAACCUCGGACUUGCCAAACAGUUCAUUCGCCGGACCAGCACCUAUUGGGUUCCUCGGCAGAACUCUGAUGAGCUUUUGACGGACGAGGCUCGUCGCAAUGCGAUUGCUGAGGCUCUCAACUUGGCCAGCAAAAACGGGAACUCAUACCCUGGGUUCACAGAGCUUCGCAGGAGAUUCUUUGCAGCAAUUACCAACCCCUUCUCGAGGUCGAACGGCGAGAAAGUACCCAAAUCUGCUCCUCUGCCAUAUCGUUCGGCAUGGCACAAUGCCUCUACUAGUGGGCGUUCCUCGCCAAGUACAGCUCAGGAGAGCUCAGCAUCCACCGAGCGUACUUUUGCAACGUGUCAGGUCAACUCUAUCCGGUCUAAUCAACUCGAGUCUCAGUCUCAGUCAUCGCCUUCGCUGCAGCUCCGGUCUGACACGACUAGUGAAGCACGCAAUGGGCUUGGAAUCCACGUCGAUGCGCCUGAUCUCGACGCCCGCGAUGUUGCCCUCAAUGGCCUUUCCAGCCCACAUCCAUCAUCCGACACGGCCACCKAGGAUGCUGAAGCUCGAUCACGUCUCCAGGCCUCAGCAUCGGCAACUCUCGCGAGUUCAAAGGUCUUCAAAGUCGACCGCGACUCAAAGAUCCAAGACCGAUACGUGCCGAAGCGUGGUCCAGACUUCUACAAGACACUCGAUAGGGAACGCGCGCUUGCAGAGAUCCGAAUGGGCGUGUCAAAUGGACCACUCCCUUCGCCUCCGUUCCCACGAAAGGACUCCAUGUUUGAAAACUCCCCGACACCCAUUAACAAAGGACACCUCGGGUCGUCAGAGCAGAACAUCUUCAAGAGAGUCGCCAAACAUCCGACCCUGCGCACAGUGAAAUCAACAUUGUCGCUGCGGUCUCCCGAUGCAACUGAGAUUGUACAGGUACCCGUCACGCCAACCAUGGCAAAUCACCCUGCUUUCCGUUCACCCGCCACCACGCCUGUGACACCCACCGCGAAAGUACCUCGCCAAACCUUUGCCCAGAGGUUUACUAGCAAGACGAAGACGAAGACAUCUCGCGCGAGCACGUCCACUACGUCCUCAGAUCCUGCGAUGGCGCAGCUCGCCGCCGCCAUCUCCAGAUCGCCAUCGCAAAAAUCCACCAUGUCAGUAGCCACUGGCGAGGAUCGCUGGGCGCAGCGGGUGCGCCAGAAAUCCAAGAUCGAGCAGCAGUGGAAAGACGAAGGAGUUUUGAGCUCAACCAUUCAACAACCGCCACCUUUUGGUACACCUGGUAUUGGGGGCAACGCUCAGGGUGCCCUGUCCAUCCAAAAUGGUCCCACAGGCUCUUCACAGCAGUCAUCUCUCGAAACACCAAACUCACCGGUGUCUCUCCUAUCGAGACUCGCGGCUAGUUCUACUACCAGCCCGCAAACUCUACAGAACACGUUGCCGCAGCUCAGUCGCCGCACCCAAGACUCGCCAACGCCGCUGAACAUCAGGAAGGGUAUUCCGAGUCCAAAAUCGCACCUUGGUCUUUCGCCGGACUCGCCUGCGGGGUUGCAAGUUCCGAAGCUACGAGUACAUCCCGCUAUGCGUCGGGUAUUGGAGCAAGAUGUCACAGAUGCCCCAGAGAACUCGAGCAUCGUCCCUUCGCUYAACAGUGACAAAGAUCCGUUCGCAAAGAGCGGCAGCGUGAGCAAGAGAAAUGAACAUGGAGACUGGCCUCUCUCAAAUACCUCCAAUGAGCAAAUACCAACCGAUGGUCACUUCGACAGUGUCAUCACAUCAUGGAGACAUGCCUCCGCUACCAAGGAGUCCGUGCCCUCGAGCCCAGGUCUAGUCGGGGAUGGCGAUGUCACCGGCACGCACCAACACGUCCGCAAUUACCUCGACUUGGACCGACUCCACGCUCCUUCUGAUGGCAAACCACAUCCAAACCACCCAUAUCGUUGGGAUUCGAUGAAUGUGAUGUGCAAGGACAUCCACACCAACGCGCGCAAUUCCAGCGAGACCACUGUCACAGGCACCGACGACCCAAGCGUGAGACAUUGCUCAUUCUGUCGUGAGAGCUGCUGCUACUACGGCUUGCAGAUCGGCCGUGCCAAUGUGCAGGCCAUGGGACGAGAUCAGACUUUGGAAGAGCUGAAGAACAAGGCUGCCAGUCACAUCUUCUUCCUUCGCGGAAGCUGCCCAAAUGGCAUCGAGGAGUAUCAGACCCUCAUGGAGUGCGAAUAUUGUGGCCGGAUCUGUUGCCCAAGCUGCGCCGUCAUUUGCCAGUACCCGCAUUGCAACCGACCUGUGUGCGCGCAGUGCGUGGAGAGCGACCACGGAAUUUGCGAUCAGCACUGA